AACGAGUAACCCCAUAUUUCUAAGCAGUAUUGCAUUUUUUCAAGAUGCCCUCGUCAACCAAAUGACCCAAGUGAAACUUUGUGUAUAUGAUGUCAAAGAUAGAUCUCAGGGAACUAUGUAUUUGCUUGGGUCUGGGUUGUUCAUUGUAAAAGAUUUGCUUCAAGCGAGAAAUCACAGGCUUCAUUUAACACUACGUUCAGCAGAAAACGAGCGAGUAGGAAAUAUCACAAUAAUUGCCUGGCAGAUGGAGGAAAAAGUAGACCCAAAACCCCAGGUUACAAAAUCACCUGACACAAAUAGUGGAAGGACUGUUAUACCAGUUGACGAAAGUCUAACUGAAUCCAUAGGAAUUCGGUCAAAAUUUGCAGCAUUACGAAAGGACACAUUAUUGAGAUCAGUGUUUGGUGGUGUCAUUUGUCGGAUGUAUCGAUUUCCUACAAUGGACGGAAACCACUUGAGGAUCCUGGAGCAAAUGGCAGAGAGUGUACUAUCCAUACAUAUCCCCAGACAAUUUGUAAAGCUCUUACUUGAAGAAGAUGCUGCUAGGGUUUGUGAACUUGAAGAACUGGGAGAGUUAUCCCCUUGUUGGGAGAAUCUGCGUCGACAGAUUGUCACUCAGUACCAAACAAUCAUUUUAACAUACCAGGAGACCUUAACAGAUCUUCAUCAGUAUAAAGGACCAUCAUUUAAAGCUAGCAGCAUGAAAGCCGAUAAGAAGUUAGAGUUUGUUCCCACAAAUCUGCAUAUACAGAGAAUGAGGGUGCAGGAUGACUGUGGAACAGAUCAGACAUAUGACAUUGUGACAAUAGGUGCACCAGCUGCACAUUGUCAAGGUUUUAAAUCAGGUGGCCUGAGGAAAAUACUGCAUAAAUUUGAAGAGGCAAAAAAGCACAGUUUUGAGGAGGGUUGUACUUCCUCAAGCUCGCAAUCUAUUAUUUACAUACCACAAGACAUAGUGCGUGCAAAAGAGAUUAUAGCACAUAUUAAUACUCUGAAGACACAAGUCAGUUACUAUGCAGAACGACUUUCGAGAGCAGCCAAGGAGAGAUCUUCUAGUGGCCUUGAAAGAACACUCACCAUCCUUGCAGAUAAGACAAGACAAUUGGUCACUGUAUGCGACUGUAAAUUGCUGGCAAAUGCAAUACAAGCCUUAAAUGCUGCAAGACCAGAGUACAUAGCUUCUAAACCAUCACCUAAUUCAGCAGAGGCUGACCAAGUAAUGCUCAGGAAUGAUCAGGACACACUCAUAGCAAAGUGGACAGGGAGAAAUAGCCGAUUAUCCCUGCUGGGCACAUGGCAUGAGGAAGAAUGGGAGAAGGUAUGGCAAAAUGUCGAUAAAAGUCUGGAGUGCAUUAUUCACAAAGUAGACAAACUCCUUCAGAGGGAGCGGCUACAGAGUGACAGCUGUGAGGAUGUUUUCCAGUGUGACAUAAACUGUUCCAGUAAGAAAGAUUGCCACACACAAGCUGAAGAGUCAACUCCAGGUGAAUGGAGUGAUGCACUUUACCCUUUACUUACAACACUUGCAGACUGUGUAACCAUGAUGAGCGAGAAGGCCAAGAAAGCUAUGGUGUUCCUACUAAUGCAAGACAGUGCCCCUACAAUAGCUAUGUACCUGAGCAUGCAGUACCGUCGUGAUGUUGUCUUCUGCCAAACGUUAACUGCCUUGAUCUGUGGUUUUAUUAUUAAACUCAGAAACUGCCUUCAUGAUAAUGGUUUCUUGCGGCAACUAUACACAAUUGGUUUGCUGGCCCAGUUUGAAAGCCUGCUCAGCACAUAUGGGGAGGAGUUGGCUAUGCUGGAAGAUAUGAGCAUAGGCAUUAUGGAUUUGAGGAAUGUGACAUUUAAAGUAACCCAAGCCACUUCUAACACUUCAGUUGAUAUGCUGCCCAUCAUAACUGGAAAUCGAGAUGGAUUCAAUGUGCGCAUUCCUCUGCCUGGUGUCCUGUUUGAUGCAUUGCCUAGAGAAAUUCAGAGUGGCAUGCUUUUGAGAGUUCAACCAGUCCUUUUCAAUGUGGGGAUCAACGAGCAACAGACUCUGGCUGAAACGUUUGGAGAUACAUCUUUGCAAGAAGUUGUCAAUACAGAGAGUUUAAUUCGACUGAAUUCAUACUAUGAACAGUUCAAGGAAGUUUUACCUGAUGAUUGUUUACCUCGGUCACGCAGCCAGACAUGUCUUCCUGAGCUUCUGAGAUUUCUAGGACAGAAUGUUAAUGCACGGAAAAGCAAGAAUGUAGACAUUCUUUGGCAGGCUGCUGAGAUAUGCCGUAGAUUAAAUGGGGUUCGAUUCACCAGUUGUAAAAGUGCCAAGGACCGCACAGCCAUGUCAGUGACUUUGGAACAGUGUUUGAUUCUACAGCAUGAGCAUGGAAUGGCCCCUCAGGUUUUCACACAAGCCCUGGACUGCAUGAGAAGUGAGGGUUGUCGACGAGAAAACACAACGAAGAAUGUUGGAUGUCGCAAGUAUGCAUUUAGUACAUUGCAGCUGAAGGCUUUUCCAAAAUAUUACAGGCCUCCAGAAGGAACUUAUGGAAAAGUUGAAACUUAAUAGUCUAAAUAAACUGUAUGCAGUACUGAUGUUGACAUUGAUAGUUGCGAAGUUGUUGUAGUGAAAACUCUGAUGUCAAGGUAAUGCUGAACUCCAAAACACAUCAUUGACAUCUAUUGUACAUUACACCAAGUUCACAUUUUCUGUGGAGCAUGCUGUUCUAGAAACAAAGCUGUAUUAGGACAGUCAGCUGAUUUAUGAGUUCUAGAGUAAACUGAUUAAGUUAUUCCAGUUUGUAAAUACACACAGGUGCGAAGCACAUGUGCAUGUAAACUGUAUAUUCAUCUUGUUGGGAAAAAGCUGUGCAUUAUUAGAGUGAGAAAGAUUGUAAAACCGACACAAAAUGUUAAUAAGAGCUGUUUUUUUUUCAUAACUGUUUUUGUUAUUGUAGAUAUGAGUUAUUAUGUAGCCUUUUAUGAAGACUGUUUAUGAUGUUGAAACAUCCCUUACAGACUGUAAAUUAUGUUAAAAAGGGUAGGGAUGUCAGCAUAUUUUAAAUUAUAAAACAAAAAGCAUAGCCAAGUAGCUAGAACCUUGGUGUGGUUCUGAAUGUUAAGAGGGUGCCAAUGUAUAUCUUUUAUUAAUCAAGUGAGUGCGAAACAUUUCAAGUUGUACUGUACAAAGGUAAAGAUUAUUGCACUUGUUUCCACCUUGGAUAUUGAUCUCUUACUUAAACUGCAAGUUCAUAUUUUAAUGUCAUUUGUUUAGCAGUUUCUGCUUCCUGUCACUGCAUUUUAAAGCUUCCUCCUUCUGAGCCUGUUAUGAAAACAAAUGAGCCCCAGUUUGAUUGCUGUACACCGCAGCAGCGCAGCAGUGACCUGCAUUCAGAAGGGAGUCCUUGUGUCACUGAAAGUGGAGUAAUGGAUGCAAAUUAAAGACUACCUUGAUCACUUGUUUCCAUGUAGGAGUGAUAACACUUUCCUUCUGUUGUAGUACCCUAAGGGUGAUCACAGAAGAGGAUAAAUGAGUAGCCGAAAUGUGGAGACUGUUCCGAUGACUCAGGCACAAGCCAAACAUGAAAACAGCACGAUAUUGCAGAGUACUAUAUCCAGAUGGCUAAGAAACUUUCCUGGCCAAAAUAGUAUCACAGUGUCUUACAGUCCUGAUGACCACUGAUGUGGAUGCUGAUCCUGCAUGAGCAAAGUAUUCCAGUAACAUCUCAUGGUCUGGUUGUAAAGGUCAAGCUACAAGGAUGGCAGAAGCAAACAUCAGCACAAAAGAAAGCCUGUGCUUUGGUGUGUCUCCCAAAAGACGAGUUUUACUGUUGUGCUUUUGUGACUGUCAAGAGAAUUAAAACAAAGAAUAGAAUGUUUCCAUGACGUGCACUAAAAAUAUUAAAUAGUCAGUUUAAUUAUAAUAGGUUGCUUUCAGAGGAAUCAUUAGUAUAAGUAGUGAUCAGUACAAAAUAGUGGAGGAAAACAGUUUUGGCCUUAGUACUGAUAUGUAACAUGGCAGUACUGUUCUCAAAUGAUGCUCUGUUAAGCAGUGAUUCAUCACUGUUUUAGUUUGUAGAUGUCAUUCAUCUAUCCUUUAUUACCUCUUAGUUUGACUGUAUAAUGAAGUAGGUGGUUACUAUGAGACUAUAUCUUCUUUUAUAAAAUGUUUUAUAUUUAUGUAAAAAUUAUAUAAAAGUUUAGUUAGGAUUAAUCAUAUUGCUAGUUCCAGAGUUCUCUUGCACGCUAAGUGCCUGCAUAAAUUGUACAUUCACUACAUAUAUAAACUGCAGUUUUCUAAAGUUUCCCACUUCACAUCCAUUUCUUUUUUCCUCGUGUGUAUCUUAAUUUUACCACCAUAUUGUAGGCUUCCAUAUCUCUGUUUCAUGUUAUCUGUGAUUAUGCCUGCAUCAUACAGCUGCAGUUCUGUUAAGAGGCAGAUCAUUAGCAGAAGAGAAAUCCACACCUCUUCCCCACAAAUUAGUAUUUCUUUUCAGAACUGCAUUAUAUAAUUACUCCCUUUAAACACAACUGUGCCGUGCAUACCUCUCAACAGACCAAAUUUUUGCCUCAUGUUUUUGGUCUGUUUCUCUCAAAAUGUGUGGUUUUCUGUCAAAUUGCUUGGGAUUUAAGUCACUCGAUGACAGACAUUCAAGUUUCAGACUGCAUACUAACUCAAAACUUGUUAUUCAUGUAACUUUCUAAAUUUAUAAGAGCAAUAUUUAAAAUCUGUCCCUAUUUUUGGGCCUUUGUCCUGCCAUUAUUUUCCAGAUAUCUUAUGCUAGGUGUUUGAGAGGUAUGGUGCCGAGUUCACAGCUUGCAGUUUGUAAAUGCAGCAGAUUUUGCAAACUAGUGUUAAAUUUCAGUGCCAGCCUUGAAGCAUCCAUGGAUAAUUGUGAUGAUGAUUCACUGCUUUAUCUUUAUAGUAACUUUCUGAGUAGGCAAUCCAACUCAUAAAAUGUUUGUUGUAUCUACAGUGGGGAGAGAGAGAUGCAACUGUCAAACUGCAAUUGAUUACAUAGAUAAUGCAUGGAGAACAAGUCAAAUGCAAUGAGUGCGCUUCAGUCUAGAAUUUAUAGCCACUUCAAACUAUUAUUUUAGUAGCACAACGUUUAAAAUAGUCAGUUCCAUCAGAAAGUUGAGUAACUUUAUAAAAAGCAUUUACUAUAUUUAGUCUACAAUAAGGCAUUUUAUGUGCUCUAUUAAAUAGACAUUGUAUUUAGCCAUC